AUGGAGACUCUCUGGCUUUUAUUCUUGUCGCUGGUCCCGGUGUACAUCAGGGGACAAGGGGUCUAUGCUCCUGCCCAGGCCCAGAUCAUCCAUGCUGGGCAGGCAUGUGUUGUAAAGGAAGAUAACAUCAGUGAACGAGUGUAUACUAUUCGGGAAGGUGACAUCCUUGUUCUGCAGUGUUUGGUUACAGGGCACCCACGGCCACAGGUGAGGUGGACCAAAACUGCUGGCAGUGCCUCGGACAAAUUCCAGGAGACAUCGGUGUUGAAUGAGACCCUUCUGAUUGAGAAGAUCCAGAGGCUUCAGGGGGGUCGUUAUUACUGUAAAGCAGAGAAUGGGGUUGGGGUCCCUGCCAUCAAGUCCAUUCGAGUAGAUGUGCAGUAUUUGGAUAAGCCCGUCCUUACUGUCCAUCAAACUAUCAGUGAUGUCCGUGGGAGUUUUUAUCAUGAGAAGACAGUCUUCCUUAGAUGCACAGUCAGCUCUAAUCCACCUGCUCGCUUCAUCUGGAGAAGGGGUUCCGAAACUCUUUCCCAUAGUCAAGAUAAUGGAGUGGAUAUCUAUGAACCAUUGUACACAGAGAGAGCUGCUUUGCGUAGCACAGCAGAUUGUGGCACGGCAGCUACUGAAGCAACAGGGAGAGUGCAGGCUUGCAGGGCUCCGCCAGCUCUAAAACUAUCAGUGAAUGAGACUUUAGUGGUAAACCCAGGGGAUAAUGUUACCAUAUACUGUUCGUUAACAGGCGGAGAUCCUUUGCCUCAGGUAGUCUGGUCUCACUCACCUGGUCCUAUGCCUCUGAACAGCCUGAUUCACGCGGGAAAUCUUACCAUUUGGGGCAUUCAAACCGAAGAUUCAGGUUAUUACAACUGUACAGCCAUCAACAAUGUGGGGAAUCCAGCCAAGAAGACAGUGAACCUAUUGGUGCGAUCCAUGAAGAACGUAACCUUCCAGAUCACUCCUGAUGUCAUCAAAGAGAGUGAAACCAUCCAGCUAGGGCAGGACCUAAAACUCUCAUGCCAUGUCGAUGCUGUCCCACAAGAAAAAGUUUUCUACUUCUGGUACAAGAAUGGGAAGCUGGCCAAAUUCUCAGAUCGAGUAGUUGUGAUCAAGAAUGAUCCUGAACUUGCCCCUGUGACAAGCAGCCUAGAGAUAAUUGAUCUCCGUUUCACAGACUAUGGUACAUACCUGUGUGUGGCAUCUUUCCAAGGAGCACCCAUCCCUGACCUUAGUGUCGAGGUGAACAUUUCUUCAGAAACAGUACCUCCAACCAUCAUGGUGCCCAAAGGUCAAUCCAUCAUUACUGUCCGUGAAGAUUCAAGAGCAGAGUUACAGUGUGAAGUCCGAGGGAAACCCAAACCUCCUAUCAUCUGGUCCAGAGUUGAUAAAGAGGCUCCUAUGCCAUCAGGGACCAUGACAGUGGAGACAAACGAUGGGAAGCUGCAUUUUGAGAAGGUGACUCAAAAAAUGAGUGGGAUUUACAAAUGCCAGACAGCUAGAUACAAUGGCUUCAACAUUAGACCUCGAGAAGCCCUGGUGCAACUCAACGUACAGUUCUCCCCUGUUGUGGAACCCAUUUUCCAGGAUAUUCGGCAAGCCAUGGGACGUAGUGUAAUCCUUCGAUGUACCAUGUUAAAGGGAAGCCCUAUGAAAGUGGCCACAGCUGUCUGGAGAUUUAAUGGUAGUCUUCUAACAGUGCCUCCAACAGAGCAGCAAGACUAUUCAGAAUAUAAAGUGGACAGUGUAAGCCGGGAGACUAGUGGCAAUUACGAAUGUAGUAUCUCCAAUGAUGUUGGGGUAGCGGUUUGCAAAUUCCAGGUAUCAGCUAAAGCUUAUAGCCCAGAAUUUUACUACGAUACUCCCAAUCCUAUAAGGAAGCAAUCCAAGAACUACUCCUAUGUCUUACAGUGGACACAGAAGGAACCUGAUGCAGUUGAUCCCAUUCUUAGUUACCGUCUAGAUGUCCGCCAGCUGAAUCACAGGGACUUGCCCCCUAAAUCCAUUUCUGUGAGGAAGAUGGAAAAGGGCAUGUUACAGGAAUACCUCCUGACUGACUUGAAGGUGCCUCAAGGCUAUGAACUUCGCUUGAUACCCAUAACCCGGUUUGGGAUGGGGGACAUGGCUACUCGCAUCAUCCACUAUAUCGAACCAAUCAGCUACCCUAACCCAGUAGGUAACACCUGCCACUUUGAAGAUGAGAAGAACUGUGGUUAUAUUCAGGACACAACAGACAACUUUGAUUGGAUUCGUCAAAGCAGUCUAACCCAUGAUCCGAAGCGCACUGCCAACACAGGCCCCACCAUGGAUUUCAGUGGGACACCCGAAGGGUACUACAUGUUCAUUGAAGCCUCUGCACCCCGAGUGAAGGAUGACAAAGCUAGAUUAAUCAGCCCUAUGUACAACAUGACUGCCAGAUUCUGUGUCUCCUUCUAUUAUCACAUGUAUGGGAAGCACAUUGGAUCCUUAAAUCUCCUGGUUCACGUGAAGAAUAAGCAACCCACUCAAGCCUUGUCACUCAGAGGAGACAAAGGAAAUAUGUGGCAGCAAGUACACGUACCCAUCAAUCCUGCAGGACCUUUCCAGAUCAUCUUUGAAGGUGUCCGUGGAACAGGUUCUGAGGGAGAUAUUGCUAUUGAUGAUGUUACUCUGAAAAAAGGUGAUUGUCCAAGAAAGCCAAUUGUCCCAAAUAAAGCAGUUGCCCUUCCAGGAAAUUCUGCUGUCACCCAACACACACUUUCUCUCUGCAGGCCGCUACUUUUCAUUCUUUAUGUGCUGCUCAGAUGA